AUGACCGAAGAAAUCGUCCUCGUUCUCUUCCACCUUCCCGAAUUUCCCCUUUCUCUCAUGGCACCCGCAAAAUUCGUCAGUGACGUUCCCGCGGCGGCGAGCAACGCCCAACCUGCGGCCCGCAGCGAGCGGUGGCGGGUGGCGGCGGUUCAAGAGGCUACAUCGGCGGCUGGUGUGGCGAUCUCAGAUCCAGCGGCGGUUUCUGAGCAGCCACGGACGCUACGAGUGGCGACGGCGCCAAGCUCCAGCGCGUUGAAUCGAUUCGAAGCCCUCUACCUGCUCAAUCAAUGUACGAUGGUGAUGCACGAUGCUGUCUGGCUUUCCGAUGAUUGUUUAUUGGUGUAAGCGAGGAUUUGGACGAUUCACCCGAGUUUAUUAGCAAAAAUGAAUGUGCACUGCAACCUCUUUUAACAAUAGGUGCCGUUAAUCCAGAGGACAGCCAAAGUUAAUUAACAAAAUGCCAAGAGGAGCAUAACUAACUAGAGAGAUCAAGUUAAAACUGAAAGUGAGCCAUAACGAGCUAACUAGAUGGCAACCCGAAUAAUGGUGAGCGCUUCUACUGGCGCUAUGAAUGCUCUCCUUGGUAAGUUGGGCACCCUCAUGGGAGAGGAGUUCAGUAAGCUGAAGAACCUACGGAAAGAAGUGAAGUUCAUCAGCGAUGAGCUCGGGAGUAUGAAGGGUACUCUAGAGAUGCUUGGAGAUGUGGACAACCUGGAUCCACAAACCGAGAGAUGGAGAGACACACUGAGGGAGAUGUCGUACGAUAUUGAAGACAUCAUCGAUGACUUCAUGCACCACAUUGGGGAGAAAAGUAAAAAUCGCUGGUUUGCUCGAAAGAUAGCUCGACUCCUCAAAGAGUUUAGAGCCCGCUAUCGGAUUGCCAGUCGGAUCAAGGAAAUCAAGGCACUUGUGCUUGAGACAAGUGCACGACGCCAAAGGUACAAGUUUGAUAUUCCCUCGUCAAGUGAUGUGUCCAUUGACCCACGACUAGCCACACUCUAUGAAAAUGCAGCUAACCUUGUUGGCGUCCAAGCACCAAUGCAUGAAAUUAUCAGUUGGGUGAAUGACAAGGAGAAGCAGUUGAAGGUAGCAUCAGUAGUGGGAUUUGGAGGUCUGGGUAAAACAACACUUGUCAAUGAGGUAUAUCGCAGUCUCAAGGGUGAUUUUGACUGUCGUGCAUUUGUCUCGGUGUCUCAAAAACCAGAUAUUACAAAACUUAUCCAUAGUUUACUAUCAGAACUCAGGAGUGAAACAUCUUCUCAAAUUUGCGAGUUCAGUGUUCUUCUUAACACACUCAGAGAAUAUCUACGACAUAAGAGGUACUUGAUUAUAAUUGAUGAUAUAUGGAAUGCAGACGUAUGGCGUGUCAUUAAAUGUUUUUUUCCAGAAAAUGGCCUUGGCAGCAGAGUAAUAGCAACUACAAGAAUUCAGGAUGUGGCCAAGGCAUGUUCUUCCCACCAUCGUGAUUACAUUUUAAACAUGAAGCCCCUUAGCAAUGAAGACUCAAGAAGAUUAUUUUUCAGUAGGAUAUUUGGCUUGGAAGAAGCUUGCCCUCACCAUCUCAGACACAUUUCACUUGAAAUCCUCAAAAAGUGUGGCGGUUUACCUCUUGCAAUCAUUAGUAUAUCUAGCAUGCUAGCCAGUGAAGGUACUCAGCAAAAAGAAAGGUGGGAGCAUGUGCGUGACUCUUUGAGCUCAGGAACAAAUCUCACCUUGGAUGGGGUGAGGCAGAUCUUGAAGCUCAGCUACAUAGAUCUUCCUUGUCAUCUCAAGACAUGCUUGUUGUAUCUUGGUAUGUAUCCAGAGGACUACACAAUAGAGAGGUCUAAUCUAGAACGUCAAUGGAUAGCUGAAGGAUUUAUCACUGAAGAAAAUGGACAAGAUGGUGCAGAGGCUGCAAAAAAAUAUUUCAAUGAGAUGGUCAAUAGGAGCCUUAUUCAACCCGUAGAAUUUGACAGUAAAGGGUCAGUGACACGAUGCAGAGUACAUGAUAUGAUGCUUGAUCUUAUCUUGCAUAAGUCUAAGAAAGAGAAUUUUUUGACUAUAAUUGAUGACCCACAAGCCAUUACGGUAAUGGAUUACAAGCCCCGUCGUCUGUCUAUCCGCUUAGAUGUUGGAAGUAACGGUCGAACAAUAUUACCAAGGAACAUCAGUAUGUCACAUGUUCGAACCGUUAUGUUCUUUGGGAGGUCUCAGAACACACCUCCCCUGUCAGAGUUCAAGUUCCUCCGAGUUCUUUUUUUUGACCUCGACCAUGCUACAGUUGACCUCAUCGGACUGUGUAAAUUGUAUCAGCUGAGGUAUUUAUGGAUAAGUUGUUUUUGUUCAUACCAGCUGCCGACACAAAUUAGAGUGCUACAACAGUUACAAACACUUGAUCUGGUCAGCUGUUCUAGUGUUCCAUCAGAUAUAGUUUAUCUAGCAGGUUUGGUCCAUUUGAAUGUUGAUACAUGGCUGCCUAAUGGGAUUGGUAACAUGAAAUCCCUGCAACAUCUAUGUAGAUUUGAUAUUUUGGUGAACUCCCUAUAUAACAUUAGGAGCCUCAGAGAGCUGACCAAUCUGAGAUAUCUAAUUAUUUCAUGUGACUAUUAUGCUGAGGACAUGGACAGCCGCAUGGAUGCUCUACGCUCUUCUUUGGAAAGUCUUUGUAGCCUUCAGUGCCUGUUUAUCAGUCUCACGGGGUUCAUAGAUGGCUUGGUGCCCUUGUUUCCUCCCUUGGCUCCUUACCGCCUUGAGCGACUAAUUGUGUCAUGGAAGUGCCGUUUUUCCAGGGUCCCUAGGUGGAUGGGAGAACUCUGUAACCUCCGUGAGUUACAAUGCACAUUUUGUGAGCUGCUAAAUGAUGGUGUUGGUAUCCUAGCGGAGUUGCUUUUUCUCACUGACCUUGAUUUGAAAGUAGGAAGGUCCAUUAGAGAACCUAUUAUCAUAUCUGGGGAAGGAGCAUUCCCUGCACUAAAGCGUUUUAAACUCCGGUUAAGCAGGGCCUCGUACCUGACCUUCCAAGCUGGUGCAAUGCCCAAACUCGAGAUGCUGAAGUUAAUGUUCAAUGCUCAUGCACCAGAGCAGAACAGGAUCGCCCCUACCGGCAUCGAGCACUUGUUAGCACUUGAAGAAUUGCACGCAGAAAUUGAUUGUGACGGUAUUAGGGAGUCCGAAAAGUCAAGCGUAGAAUCUGGAUUGAUGAGUGCUAUCAACAUGCAUCGAAACCGUCCUCGUGUUAUAAUCGAUCUUUGGGACAACAAUUGAGAUUUUUUUCAAGGAUCACAAUUGAGAUUCUUUCAUGGCUAAUUGCUCCUUCGGCUCGGCAGCAAGCAGCUGGCCUAAUUUUUAGGGAACUGGUAACCAUUUUCAGUGGGCGGCGGCAUUGUUUUUCAGAAAAAGGAAUGGAUUCAACAUCUGUCAUUUGGGAUAACACGUUUCAGAAGAUCAAAGCAAUACCGCAGGAAGAUGUCUCUCACAAGUCACAUGUAUAUCACCGUAGAUGGAGAAGGACUGCUGUUCUUGCCUGCUGGAAGAUUGAGCUACGGAUUAGCUCCAUGCGACCUUAUUUUAUUGAAUUGUUUCUUCUCCUUAUCGAAUUUAGACGGUGAUAAUACUCUUACUUAUGAUUGUAAUAAGGCUUGGUGAUGGGCAUGAGUUUGAACUCUUAACUCUGAA